CUGGGCGUGGGCUCCACUCGCAGCGUCUGUCCUCGCCAGAAGCACAUUGUUCAACGCGGGCGCUUUUUACAUUGAAUCCACCUCGUUUCAUUUUUAUUUUUUGUGAUUUUAAGUGUUCCUUCAGUGGCACAGGGAAGUGAGGAUUGUGACACGAAGCGGGAUCACACAGCUUUCUUCUUGUAGCUGAGAGGCAACAGACUUGGAAGAUUUCCUCUGUGGCAGAAGAAACAAGGCGGCUGUGUGGCUAAUUAGACCUGGGCUUGUUUGGUGGUUUGCGGUGAGCGGCUGUGGCAGAGAUGACCGAGUAUAAGCUGGUGGUAGUGGGAGCAGGAGGCGUGGGCAAGAGUGCACUCACUAUCCAGCUCAUCCAGAAUCACUUUGUGGAUGAAUAUGAUCCGACUAUAGAGGACUCGUACCGAAAGCAGGUGGUGAUUGACGGGGAGACGUGUCUGCUGGACAUCCUGGACACAGCGGGUCAGGAGGAGUACAGCGCCAUGAGAGACCAGUAUAUGAGGACGGGGGAGGGUUUUCUCUGUGUAUUUGCCAUCAAUAACACAAAGUCAUUCGAGGACAUCCAUCAGUACAGAGAGCAGAUAAAACGAGUAAAGGACUCUGAUGACGUUCCCAUGGUGCUCGUGGGUAACAAAUGUGAUCUCCCGGUGCGCACGGUGGAGACCAGGCAAGCCCAGGAAUUAGCCCGCUCCUACGGCAUCCCAUACAUCGAGACUUCAGCAAAGACACGGCAGGUAAAUCACCACACGCUCUCAGUUUUGUUUUUUUUACCCAAGAAUGACUUACCUGAUCAGCCAGAAUCACACGCUUUGACAAAACUUUACAAACAUGAGUGAGUCUGAAAUGAGAGAGACAGGAUACGGCUCCAGAGUG